AUGGCAAGUUCAAUGAAUGGUUAUAGUCAUCGAACUCAUUCACGUAAUGGUGGAAUGGAUGACUAUAUGAUGCAAGAACAUAUCGAUUCAAUGAAUGCUCAAUUGAGUUCAACACGUGCUCAACGUAUUCGAGCUGCUAUCUUUCCUGAAACACUUGAAGAUGGUGUUGCAGAUGGUUUAUCAUUAUCAAUGCCUUCAACACAAUUUGUUAAUGGUCAACCAACAGCAGUACAAAAAUUAUCUGAACCAUCUCAACUAUUAAAAAAUGCUGUCAUUGAUAUAAUUAAUUAUAAAGAAGAUGCUGAAAUAACUGAAAAAGCCUUACCUGAAUUAAUACGUUUACUUAAUGAUGAUGAUCCAAUUGUUGCUGGACAAGCAGCUUUAGUUUUACAUACAUUAGCAAAAAAAGAAGCUAGUCGAUUAGCAUUAUCUACAUUACCAAUGAUUCAAGCAUUAAUUCAAGCUAUAUCAAAUCCACGUGCUAAUGAUGAAACACGUCGCGGUGUUGCAGGUGUUUUACAUUGUUUAUCUCAACAAAAGCAAGGUCUUCAUCUUAUGUUCAAAGGAGGUGUUAUUCCACUACUUGUUCGACUUUUAGAUUCAUCAAUUGAAUCUGUUGUUAAUUAUGCAUUAUCAACAUUACAUAAUUUAUUAUUACAUUUAGAACAAGCAAAAUUAGAAAUUCUUCGUUGUGGUGGUUGUCAAAAAAUGGUUGGAUUACUAAAUAGUACAAAUCCAAAAUUUCUAGCUAUACUUACUGAUUGUCUUCAUAUGUUAGCAUUUAAUAAUGAAGAAGUUAAGAUUAUUAUUGAAUCAAGUAAUGGUCCACAACAAUUAUUACGUAUAUUAGAAUUAACGGAUUAUGAAAAACUUUUAUGGACAACAACACGUCUUCUUCGUGUUUUAUCUGUUAGUCCAUCAAUAAAAUUAGUUAUGAUAUCAAAAAAUGCAGUUCGUAUACUUGAAAAACAAUUAUAUGAACCAAUAAGUUUACGUGUACAACAAAAUUGUUUACAAAUUCUUCGAAAUUUAUCCGAUCAAGCUGUGAAAUUAGAAAAUCUUGAUUCACUUCUUCAAUUACUUAUUGAAUUAUUACAAACAAAUGAUUUAAUAACUGCUUCAUGUGCAGUUGGUAUUAUAUCAAAUUUAACAUGUAAUAAUCAAUAUAAUAAAAUGGCUGUUGUUCAAUCCAAUGGUGUUAAUGCACUUAUAAAUACAAUAAUUCAAGGUCAUGAUAAAGAAGAAAUUUUAGAGCCAGCUAUAUGUGCUCUAAGACAUAUCACGUCUCGACAUUCACAUGCAAGUGAAGCUCAAGAUGCUGUUCGACAUGUAAAUGGUCUUUUACCUAUUGUUGAUUUACUUAAUCCAUCAGUAUAUUCAUGGCCUAUUAUUAAAUCAACAAUAAGUUUAAUAAGGAAUUUAGCAUUAUCACCAAAUAAUCUUCCAGUUUUACGUGAAACAGGUUCAAUACAAAAAUUAGCACAAUUACUUGUUCGAAGUCAUCAAGAAUUACAAAGACAACAACCAAAUGUUGAAUUAAUUGAUAAUUAUAUACGUAUGGAUGAUAUACUUGAAGCAUGUGUUAGUGCAUUACAUAUUAUUGCUAAAGAUCAACAAAAUCGAAUUAUUAUACGUGAUCUUGAUUGUAUACCAUUAUUUGUUCGACUUCUUUAUCCACCAUCAAGUGUACCUAUUCAACGUGCAGCUGCAGGAGUUUUAUGUGAACUUGUUAAUGAUCGUUUAUGUGCUGAUAUAAUUGAACAACAAAAUUGUACACAAAAAUUAACUGAAUUACUUAAAUCAAAUGAUGAGGGUGUUGCUACAUAUGCUGCAGCGAUUUUAUUUCGUUUAUCUGAUGAUAAACCAUAUGAUAUGAAAAAUCGUUUAUCACAAGAUGUUACAACAGCUUUGUAUCGAGAUGAACAUUUAAUGAAUAAUCAUUAUGGUUUAGCCAAUGGUUCAGCUGGUGGCUCUUAUUCAAAUCCAUAUCGAGCAACUCCACCACCUAUUCAUGAUGUACCAACGAUGAAUUAUUAUGCAUCAGAAGGUGCAGGUGGUAGUGGUCUUGGAAAUUUAAUGGAUAAUCAAGUGUUAGUUGGCGAUCGAGAUAUGAUGCAAGCAUCACCUCGUUCUGGAGCUCAUCAUCAAACUCCACCACCAUCUCAUAAUAAUCCACAAAUGGCAGCUUGGUUUGAUACUGACUUGUAA